AUGCCCAUUUCUGGCUCGAAGGCGAAACGCCUACGUCCAUCCCAAGCUAAGCUCAAUGAAGAAGAAGAAGAUCAUCUCGCGAGGAAGUUGUUCGGUGACAAUCAUGUGGCAUUAGACGAAUCAUCUUCAGACGAUGAGGGUGAGGUAAUUGAACAGGAGGUGCGUCCUUCUGUAUGGCACGAUGAGGACGAUGUAGAGGAUGAGGUUGUAGUACCGAAGAGUAAAUCUGCUGUGUUCCUUCAACGGAGCAGUGAUAGUGGUGGUUGUGUUGCUGCUGAUGAGUAUCAGAGCCGUCUUCGUAGAACGUUCGAACGACAUCAGCAUGGGACUCCUAAAUGGGCUAAAGUUGAACCAAAGAAGCAGGCAUUGAAGCGAAAAGGCGAUGAUACUGAGGAUGAAGUUGAGGAAGUUUUUGAUGAAAUGACCAGAUCUACGAAGCGAUACAUCGACAAGGAUCCGUUUCUUGUCAAGGACAUUGUUUCAACAUUCCGAUGGCCGGACAUCACAGUUGGACAUCAUGAUUCACGUCCAAUUAACGUGAUCUUGUUCCACAAUGUGAGACCCGUUAUUCUAACAGCUGGAAAUUCUGGAAAAGUUCAGUUGUUCAGGGUAGGCGAUAGUUCUGACUCUGGGAAUUUUCUACAAAAUGUCCAAUUUUCGAAUUUUCCGAUAACUAGUAUGGGUUUUAUGCAUGGAGGGUGUUCUGUGGUUUGUGGUUCUAUUCGACAGGAUUAUCUUAUGAGGUAUGAUCUCGAACGAGGCUCAGUCAUGCAGUUAAAUCUCCCAAAAUGUAUCCCUCGUCAAAACGCUGGAAGAUUCGUUGUCUCUUAUGAUGGUUCCUUAAUAGCUAUGAUAGGUCACAGCGCACAAGUUCAUGUAAUUUCUUCAUCGUCGAUGGAACUGGUGAAAACCCUUUCCGCACCUACAGAUGUGACAUCGUUGCAGUUUUUGCCAGGAUCUAGUCAAGAACUUUGGGCUAUGACAGAACGCGGCGAAGUAGUCAUAUGGAGCCUCGAAGGAUCCCAACACCUAUUCCGCGACGAAGGAGCUGUCCGUGGAACAAAAAUCAGAUUAAGUGCUGAUGGCAGCAAAGUAGCUUGCGGGUCGAAUACUGGUAUCAUAAAUGUUUACGAUGCACCGGAUGUUCGUAAAAAUACGGAUCCAAAACCGCGAACCGUUGUCUCAAAUUUGGUCACUUCGUGUGACUCAAUAGCGUUUAAUCAUGACUCUCAAGCAAUGGCAUUUAGCAGCAAUGUUAAGAAAAAUCAAGUCAAAUUGCUACACGUCGCCAGUGGUACUGUGUACAACAACUUUCCGAAAAAGCACGAAAAGAUUAUGAAUGUUGAGUGUGUUGAAUUCUCACCUCACAGCGCUUAUCUCGGGAUCGGUUGCGCAAACGGGCAACUUAUUUUGGAACGAAUCAAUCAUUUCGAGGAUUAUUAG